AUGACAAUGGACAUCAUGACCUCCACACCCUCCUUCAACAUCUACAGAAAUGCCCUGCUGUUGACAGCCUUUCUCGGGGCUGCACAGGCACAGCAAGUGGGCACAAACACUGCUGAAGUCCAUCCGUCCUUGUCUUGGCAAAAGUGCACCACUGGAGGCAGCUGCACUUCCCAAAACGGCAAGGUUGUCGUCGACGCCAACUGGCGCUGGGUUCACAAAACCGCCGGCUCCACCAACUGCUAUACUGGUAAUCGAUGGGAUACAACCAUCUGCCCGGACGAUGUUACUUGUGCCACCAACUGCGCCCUAGAAGGUGCCGACUACUCGGGCACUUAUGGUGUUACUGCCAGCGGCAGCUCUUUGCGGCUGAACUUUGUCACCCAGGCAUAUCAGAAGAACAUUGGCUCACGUCUCUACCUGAUGGCAGAUGAUAGCAAGUACGAAAUGUUCCAACUGCUCAAUCAGGAGUUCACUUUUGAUGUCGACGUCUCAAACCUUCCCUGCGGCUUGAACGGUGCGCUGUACUUCGUGUCCAUGGAUGAAGAUGGUGGCAUGGCACGAUAUCCGGCCAACAAAGCCGGUGCUAAGUAUGGUACUGGCUACUGUGAUUCUCAAUGCCCGCGAGAUCUCAAAUUCAUCAACGGCCAGGCCAACGUUGAAGGGUGGAAGCCGUCUUCCAACGAUGUCAAUGCUGGUACUGGCAAUUAUGGCUCUUGCUGUGCUGAGAUGGAUAUUUGGGAGGCCAACUCAAUCUCCACUGCAGUCACACCCCAUCCCUGCGAUGACCCAUCUCAGACUAGGUGCACUGGAGAUGCCUGUGGCGGUACAUACAGCAGUGACCGCUAUAGUGGUACUUGUGACCCUGAUGGAUGUGAUUUCAACCCGUAUCGCAUGGGAAACCAGUCUUUUUAUGGCCCGAGCAAGACCGUCGAUACAAAUUCCCCUUUCACUGUCGUGACUCAGUUUAUCACCAAUGACGGUACAUCUACUGGCACCCUCUCGGAAAUCAAGCGCUUCUAUGUGCAAAAUGGCAAGGUUAUCCCCCAGUCUGUAUCUACCAUCAGCACUGUUACUGGAAACUCUAUCACCGACUCUUUCUGCUCUGCUCAGAAGACCGCAUUCGGGGAUAUGGAUGUAUUCACUCAACAUGGAGGCAUGGCGGGCAUGGGGGCUGGUCUUGCUGAUGGCAUGGUUUUGGUGAUGAGUCUCUGGGACGACCACGCAGCCAAUAUGCUAUGGCUUGAUAGCACUUACCCAGCCACCGCCUCUUCGACGACUCCUGGUGGUGUUCGUGGUAGCUGCGACAUUUCCUCUGGCGAGCCUACCGAUGUUGAAGCUAACCAUGCGAACGCCUAUGUUAUAUAUUCAAACAUCAAGGUUGGUCCUCUCGGUUCGACUUUCAGCUCGACUGGCCCAGGGUCCGGCACUACCGCCAUCGCCACCUCCACCCCUACAACCACCACAACUACCACAACUACCACCGCUGGGUCAAACACAGCCAGCGCUGCUCACUACGCUCAGUGUGGUGGAAAUAACUGGACCGGUGCAACCACCUGUGCUAGCCCAUACACCUGUCAGAAGAAGACUGAGUACUACUCGCAGUGUCUUUAG